UCCAGAAGCAAUAGGAUUUAUGACAAUUUUAGGCACAGUACUGUUCCUUAUUUAAGUUUGCAACUGAAGUAUUUCCAUCUAUUUAAACUGUCGCUAAACAUACCAAAACCUUUGGGUGUUUCGCGGAAUAUGUACACUGUCCUAUCGGGCUUUCCGUAGUCUAAAGACUACAAACCAAAACAAACUGAGGCAAGGGGGUACAACAGAAAGUUAGCCUUUAAUUGUGAAUGCAGACUGAAGCGAAUGCAUUGAACCGGUUUAUGAUAUAAAAGCCAAUAAUCUUGUAUGAAGAACUAUAAUUGCCUCUUAUAUGAUAUUUCGUACCUCUAUUCGCAACUAAACUCGACUCCCUUGAGUUCGUUUGUAGUUACUUCUAACGCCUGUUACCUUCAUUAUAAACAGGGCUACAGUGAAUAACGGUCACCUCUAGUUUCAUAGUAACUGAUGGUGCGGACAGGUCAUCUGAUGGCAGAUUUGUCUGGUGCGGCGGUCCUCUCAGCUGGGCUCCUCUUCAUCUCUGCUUUAUUGACCUGUCUGUACGUCAGCCAUGUGUCUGAUUAUGAUACGAUCAAAAUCCGCUCUGAGGAACCCGUGGGACGUCCUCCAGCAUCUGUGAACCUUCUAGAAAAAGUUCGGAACAUCUUCGUGAAAAUAUGGACGGAUCAAGCGGGAAUAACCCAACAACCAUCGGACGCUGGUUCUUCCAAGUGUCUCAUGAACCUGGACAGCAGAUUCGACUGCUCCAGAGACCGAGUACUGACUCGGAGUGAGUGUCAGGAACGAGGGUGUUGCUAUGCCCCUCUGGCGCUCACCUCUGGCCCUCCUUGGUGCUACUAUCCUCGGUCAUAUAGCGGCUACAAGAUGGGUCCGCUCAGCCCCACCAAGAGAGGCCGGGGUGCCACUCUGGUACGACCGACUCCCUCCUACCUCCCCAGGGACAUAACCACACUGCGCCUGGAGGUAAUAGAGGAGACGCCGAACUGCUUCCAUCUCACAUUGAAGGACCCCUCGUCGAAGCGAUAUGAAGUUCCUCUGCCUCCUGGUAACUUUGGUGGGCUGAAGACCGACCACGACUCUCUCUAUACAGCCGAGUUCCAGCCAGACCCUUUUGGCUUCAUCAUUCAACGUAAAUCCAAUGGCCGGGUAAUCCUGAACACCACCGUGGCUCCGCUGCUGUUCUCGGACCAGUACCUGCAGCUCUCCACCUCCCUGGCCUCCCCGGUGCUGUCCGGCCUGGGGGAGCACUACACCCUGCUGGGCCUGGACCUCAACUGGACCAGCCUCACCUUCUGGAACAGGGACAUGGCGCCUCAUGCUAAUGCUAAUAUGUAUGGGUCCCACCCGUUCUACCUGGUCCAAGAGGAGGACGGCCUAGCGCACGGCGUCUUCCUGCUCAACAGCAAUGCCAUGGAGGUGGCCCUGCAGCCCACGCCUGCCCUCACCUGGGUGUCAGUUGGAGGGAUCCUGGACCUGUACGUCUUUCUGGGCCCCGACCCCCAGAGUGUGGUACGACAGUACCUGCAGGUUGUUGGCUACCCUAUGAUGCCUCCUUAUUGGUCGCUGGGCUUCCACCUGUGUCGUUGGGGCUAUCACACCUCCAACGAGACCCGAUCCGUGGUACAGCGCAUGCACAUGCACAAUUUCCCACUGGAUGUGCAGUGGAAUGACCUGGACUACGCAGACAAGCGCCGGGUGUUCACCUUUGACCCCCAGAGAUUCGGGGAUUUACCAGACAUGGUGGAGGAGUUCCAUCAGAGAGGGAUGAAGUAUAUUCUCAUACUGGAUCCUGGUAUCAGCAGCACCAGUCCUAAAGGGACGUACCUUCCUUAUGAGGAUGGACAGAGGAGAGGGGUCUUCAUUAGGAAUGCUACGGGACACACCCUCAUCGGGAAGGUGUGGCCGGGCCGGACUGCCUUCCCCGACUUCACAAACCCGGAGACUAUCCUCUGGUGGAGAGACUGCAUCCAAAGUUUCCACUCUACCGUCAAACUAGAUGGGCUGUGGAUCGACAUGAACGAACCAGCCAAUUUUGUGCAGGGUUCAGUGGACGGCUGUCCAGACAGUGACCUGGAAGCUCCACCCUAUACACCAAAGGGUGUCAUCGGAGGCCAGCUGAACGUGGGCACCCUCUGCAUGUCUGCGCAGCAGAACCUGUCCACCCACUACAACCUGCACAAUCUGUACGGAUUGACAGAGGCCAGCGCCACCUACAGAGCUCUGUUGGAGGUCAGGGGGAAGCGGCCCUUCGUCCUCUCCCGCUCCUCCUUUCCGGGCAUCGGACGCUUCUCCGGGGUGUGGACCGGGGACGUCCGGAGCGACUGGGAGCAGCUGCGGUACUCCGUUCCUGCUGUGCUGCAGCUGGGCCUGUCGGGCAUGGCGUUGGCGGGGGCUGAUGUGUGUGGCUUCGGGGGGGACACCACAGAGGAACUGUGUGUGCGCUGGAUGCAGCUGGGUGCCUUCUACCCCUUUAUGAGGAACCACAACGACAGGCCCAACGCUCCCCAGGAACCCUACGUGUUUGGGCAGAGAGCCCAGGCGGCAAUGCGGAGGGCCCUGAACCAGCGCUACUCCCUCCUUCCAUUCCUCUACACACUCUUCCAUCACGCACACACCUCCGCAGACACGGUGGCCCGGCCCCUCUUCCUGGAAUUCCCCAAUGACCCCAACUGCCAGACCAUAGACAGGCAGUUCCUGUGGGGGCCCUCGCUGCUUAUCAGCCCUGUGUUGGAGCCAGGGGUCGUUGAACUGGCCGCUUACCUGCCCGCAGGAACUUGGUACAGUCUGGAGGAUGGUCUGCCUUUCUACAGUAAGGGCCAGUACCUGCUCCUGCCAGCCCCGCUGGACACCAUCAACGUCCAUGUGAGAGAGGGACACGUCAUCCCACAGCAGGAGCCAGCCCUGACAACCAACGCCUCGCGCAGCAAUCCUUUCCUCCUCACGGUGGCACUGUCCCCGAGGGGCUGGGCCAGCGGGGACCUGUUCUGGGACGACGGGGACAGCAUGGACACCUUCCAUACCGGAGAGUACUGCUAUGUCCUCUUCAUCGCUGCUCAGUCCCAGGUUGUGGGUGACCCGGUCAGGCAGAACGGGGGUCUGAGCCGCCUGGUUCUGGGGGGCCUGAGGGUGUUCGGGGUGCCGUCACGGCCCGUAUCUGUGUGGGCCAACGGCCUGAGAGUCUUGGACUUCACCUAUCGCACAGACACCAAGGCGUUGAAGGUGAAGGGUUUGGCCCUGCCCAUGUCAGAGGUUUUCACAGUCCGGUGGGCUCUGUGAUUUCGGAAGAAGAAGCCGCUUCAUUCACACUACUUGUUCCCCCUCAUCAGCUUUCUUACCUGUUGGUUGUCCUAUGAAGCAAGCAGUCUAUCUCCAAAAUGUAAGGCAAAUGAAGUCAUUUGUUUUAACCCCAGAUCAUCACCCCAGUAAAGUAAUCAACAUGGUUGGAAUAACAUCUUUCGGUUUUUUCAUCCAAGCCAAGUGGAUAUUGCGAGAGAAUGAUUAUGACUGAAGUCAUUUGUAUAUAUCAUGUGUAUAAUUGUAUUUAUUUCAUCAAGUGAAUUCCCUUUAAAGGAGAAAUGUGUAAGAUUGCCUUUAGCUUUUUGUUGUUAACAUGUUCAGUGCACUGUGAAAUAUGCACUGUUUACCUCCCCUUCACAUAAACCCAUGGUAUCCAUGUAUCAAUGGACAUAAUCUGGUCUGUUUUAAAUAAUCGAAUUUUGAAGCUAUCAUCAUUAUUUAUCUUGGUCACUUUAUUAGCAAUGACUGUUUCUCACUGCUACACUGAAGAAAGUAACAUUUAGCGAUUGAUUUUCGAAUUUAAAUGUGCUUCUGUUUUUGUUUUUCACUGCAUUUCAAUAAAGGAUUUGUAAAUGUGGUCC